AUGACAGUCGUGCAAGCUUCGCAAGUUAAAUUGUCCCCCAAGCACCUAGGGCUUGGUCGCAUCGACGCCGCCAGUCCUGUCGGCGUAAUCGAGACCGCCAACGAGCUUCUGCAACAGAACCACGAUAAAUACCACAUGUAUUUCCGCGACGUCGGGGGCCACAACCACAUCGCACACUCGGUGCUGACGGUCCUCGCCAUGGGUGGCGGCCCCAAACAGCUGCAGCGGGCCUACGACGAUGGAUACGGCUACCAACGGCCCCUACCCCCCCUAGACCCGGCUAUCGUCCAGUCCCUCCACGACCAAGAGCAAUUCCGCGCCCGAAUGUUUGAUUUGGCCCAAUACACCAACUUCCUGCAUUUCUUCCAGACCGAAAUCGACGCCAAGGGCUGGCAGGCCGUCCUACAGGAAUACUGCUUCAGCCGCACACCCCUCGCUGAAGCCAUGUUCUCCCAGCUAUACGAGGGCCUCCUACACCCAAUUAUCCACCUCGGCUUCGGAAUCGAAUUCGAGCAACCCAGCAUCAUCGCCGAGGGCCUCGCCCAUGCAGCCUCCCACGACUCCGGCAACAUCGACACCUUCUUCCACAACGCCGAGCAGCUCGCGCAGUCUGGCUCUGUGCCUGUGAAGGCGCUCGUCGAGCUUUACGAGCAGGUCCGAGCCAACGACAAGACCCGUACCGCUGGCCGCAUGCAGGACGGACCGUUCCGACUGCGUGACGGCCCAUUGGCCCGCGCCAUGGACGAGAUUGUAGCCAUCGCCGCACAAUUCCAGAUCGUUCCCGGGGACCAGGCAGAACUCGAACGCCGCACGGCGGAGAUGAUCAACUGCGCUGCGUACAGCGCGGGCGCAGCGCAAAGACCCGGAAAGGUGCGCAAGGUGGACUUCUUCAUCAUGCACGACGUGACGUGUUCGAUCUUCCUUAGCGUGUUGAUCCGCCAGGCGUGGAUUUCCCUUGAGGACCGCGCGCGACUGGUAGAGUGGAAGACGCGGCUGGACCUUGCGUGGUACGCGGCCAAUGGGGCGGCGGAGCUACGUUUGGAGGACAUCGCGGGGUACGAGCCGACGGCGAGUAAAGGGAUGGACUGGCAGGAGCUGUAUGCGGCUGUUAACGAAGUGCAUGACGAUGGACACAUUGCCAAGUUUGUGCGGGCGUUGAAAAAUGGGGAGGAGGCGUCGAGCUCGUUUGAGGGUGAAGGGGGGGAUUCGUUUCCGGUCAAGGGUGAGCUAUGGUUGAGGAUUGCGCAGAUGGGGUACGAUACUACAAAGGAUGGUGUGGACAAUAGUGAUAAAUGGGUUUGGGGGUCUGGGUUUGAUCUGGCCUGGAUGAAGGUGCCGGAGUUGAAGGAGUAG